AUGAAUCAAAUGGACGUGUGGAGACAUUUAACGAUAUUACGAUAUGUGGAGACAUCUAGCGGUAUUAUGAUAUGUGAGACCGGGAAAUCAAAGGGACGUGUGGAGAUAAUUAAUGGUAUUAUAAUAAAUGACAGCGGGGAAGCUCAGGGACUUGAGGAGAAGUCUAACGGUAUUAUGAUAUGUGAAGCCGGGGAUCACAGGGACUUUUGGAGACAUUUAGCGUGUAUUCUGAUAUGUGAGACCGGAAGAGGACUUGAGGAGAAAUCUAACGGUAUUAUGAUAUGUGAGACUGGGGAAUCACUGGGACUUGAGGAGAAACCUAACGGUAUUCUGAUAUGUGAGACCGGGGAAUCACGGGGACGUGUGGAGACAUCUGAGACUGGGGAAUCACAGGAACGUGUGGAAACAUCUAGCUGUAUUAUAAUAUGUGACGCCGGGAAAUCACAGGGACUUGUUGAGACAUUUAGCGGUAUUAUGAUAUGA